UAAAACGGGUGUUUACACACACGGUAUGUCUUGUACUUCCUGGUAAACAGUAAACAAUGAUUUCAUGUUGUUUUGGAUGCAUUUAUUCGGGUAAUUGUAAAGAUGUGGUUAAAGGUAGUACUAUUUUCAAUUAUAAUCGGGACCUUAGUUUUGACUGUAGCAACACAGAUAAAUCUUGCACCACAGGGAUUGGCGUUACAAAGUUCUAACUAUCCAAAUUAUCCAGCAAACCUUGCAAUAGAAGAACCUGCAAAUAAUAAAUGGAGUGGCGGAUGUUCUGUUACAGCUACAGGACAAACAUACUCAUGGUGGGGCCUUCAGCUACCAGCAGUUGCCUUUAUGACAAACAUUCUGAUAUACUACAGGGAAAAUUUUGCGCAUCGAAUGGAUGAGUUUAGUUUGUAUCUCGGAAAUGGAACUGCAGAUCAAAGUAGCGAUAGCGGUCUGUGCUACACAGACAAAGGAAAACCUGGGUAUCCUGAUAUUACUCAGAACAUAACUUGUAAUAUGUUGGCUAAAAAUCUGUAUUUCGUCAACAGAAGAUCAGAUGCGACAUGUUAUAUAGAGUUGUGUUACUUAGCAAUAUAUGGGUGUUGGAAAGGUACAUGGGGAACUAACUGUGCUAAAAUUUGUCCAGAUGGAUGUAUUGACCGUCACUGCUUUCCUCAAAAUGGCUCUUGUGUUUGGGGUUGUGAUAUACAGAGGUGUGUUCACGGAGUGUGUGAUCCCAAAACAGCUGUUUGUACAAAGGGAUGUGUACCUGGACUAGGCGGGAGAUAUUGUACAUUAUACAAGAAUCCUCCGAUCGGCAUUCACAGAGUGUAUUGUUCUAAUACUACUGAUUCCUGGGCUGAUGGUAUAGUGUUAUACGAUGCAGAAUAUUAUAAUAGUGACACUGAAGUUUUUGCAGUUUGCAAAUAUAUCAUUUAUUUACCGCCUAUUUUAUAUGGGAAUUCAAAGAUCGAUAUAUGUGAAAUUGAAAUUGGUGGAUGUCCUUAUCGGAAAUAUGGAGACAGCUGUCGUUUGACAUGUUCCGAAAACUGUAUGGGACCUUGUGAUUUAAUAACCGGAAACUGUGUGUUUGGUUGCUCAAGUGGUUGGCUUGGUGCAAAAUGUGAUACAGCAUGUGAAGUAGGCAAAUUCGGUGAUCAGUGUCAGCGUGACUGCUCAGUAAACUGUAUCUCACCACCAUGUGAUCAUGUGACGGGACAUUGUAAAUCAGGAUGCCUGACAGGAUGGGAAGGAUUGAAUUGCACAGAAGAGUGUAGUAAAGGAAAAUUUGGUAUUAAUUGUACAGAGACAUGUGAUGGCUGUAUAGUUGAUGAAUGUAAUCAUAUCAACGGAGUCUGCAAAAUUGACAGUGUUUGUAAACCUGGCUACCUGUAUGGAAAAUAUUGUAAUAAACUGUGUAAUGAUUGGCAUUUUGGAACUAAUUGUAAUAAGAUGUGUAACUGUCUUAAAAUACCAUGCAGCAUAUUCACUGGUGAAUGUUCAGAUGAUGGCUGCAAAAAGGGAUGGGAAGGUGACUCAUGUAAUCAAGAAUGUGCGUAUGGCUAUUUUGGUUUUAACUGUGCCUACGUUUGUGAAACGUGUUUUAAUCAGUCAUGUGACAUAUUUGAAGGGAAUUGCAGAGUCGGUUGUAAUGACGGUUAUCGAGGUCGGAAGUGCGAGACACAAGUUUCAGCAGAAUCAUCAACUUUGAUCAAAUCUAGCUUUUUCAUUGGCGGAUUUGCAAGCAUGCUAGGUAUCCUACUAAUCAUCGUGACGGUCGUUCUUGCAAGAAGACAAAUAUUGAAAAAGAAAGAAAGUAGGAAAGGUUUAGACAAUUCACACUCAAAUAGUAACGAACAGCAUUAUGAUGACAUCAUGAGAAUGGAAAGUAUAGCCACAUAUCAGGAUUUGGCGAAACAAACAGUUAUUAUGUCAAGCGAUUAUGAUCAAAUUAAUAAUGCUUAUACCAAUCAAUAGAUAAAAAAAAUGUGCUUAUUUUUUAAAGAAAAAAUUAUGUACGACAAUUAUGAGAUUUUAUUUGUAUGAGCUUAAAAUCGCUUUGAUUUUCUUCUAGUUUUUGAGGCAUGAUUAUAAGCAAAUAAGGGGUAUAUAGUUUGAGCGACUGUAUAAAAAUCGUCAGAGUAAUGUGAUUCUUAAUUUGUUCAGCAGCAUUUGAAAAAUUGUCCAAACUUAAUAUGUUAAACUGUGAGCAAUGCAUUCACAGUUAAUCAUGUUUUAAUAAAUAAUUCUGAAA